UUGAUCAAAUAAUCUCAAAGUAAUGUCAAUAAAGUUGCAUUUUUUACUUGGAUACAUAAAUUUGUUGCUAGUUGUCAUCUUAGCAAGAAAUUAGUCGAGCUCUACGUUACCCAGCUGUUCUUGGAGGAUCAGUAACCGACGUCCGUUACAAAAAGUCCAUAUUUGGUGUCAGGAUUUGUCUGGGAUUGUCGGCAAAAUGGGAUCCAGAAAAUCGGAAUUAACGACUAGAUUAGAAGAAGAGGAUCGGGGCUCUUUGAUAGAUGGGCCCUCAAUUGCUUCCGAGAAGAAGCCCAGAUACGUGGCGGAGGCGAUUUCUGAUGAAAAUUUCGAUUAUUUGCGAGAUUUCGAUGUGGAAGAUGCAUGGAAUUUGCUUAUGGAUUUGCCGGGAUGUUAUAAAGUCGUUCUGGAUGAGCGGCAACAAAAGGACAUGGGACUGAAAGUUGGCGUCAAUGUAAGCUCUGAAUUCCCAUGGAAACAAGUCAAAUGCAAAGUAGCUCGUGAGUACCUCCCAGACGAACCUUUCGACACCGGCGAAGAGCAACCUCAGGAAAAGUUUCCAGGCCUGAAACCUGACGACUGGAUCUUAUUUGGAUACGCUUCGGCUCUCUCCGGAGAUGAUGAUGUUUUUCUGGUCUACACAACACCUGAGGCCACUAAGAGAGCCAGUGAUAUCAUUAAAACUAUUGAGACAUAUCAGCGUUGGGUUCUCAAUAAAGCCAUGGUAAAGAAAGGAAAUCGGUGGGUCUCGCUUGGCAGCGAAGCUGAAGUAGAACUGGGACUUCCGCGUGAACAGAAAACAGUGGUGGAUGUUGAGAUUCAGAGCGUUUAUCCGAUAAAACAUUCAGAGGUCAUGUUCAGACAUCGUUUCACUGGAGAUGUUCGCGAUGGUUAUGUGGAGCUAGUGCCGGGCGAUAAGAAGUUUCAAAAUGUUUUUAGGAAACGUAUUGAUGCCGCUAUCCAGAGUGCUCCUAAAAUGGUGAGCUUGGAGCAACAAACCGAUCCGACAUUCCCAUCGAAUGCCUGGUCCCAGUAUUUGUACGAAAUCAAUCCGGAUGAUGAAGGACUAGAUAAAUCUGAUGAUGACGAAGACGAAGAUGGCAAAAAGAAAAAGCAAAAACCUAAGCCAGCCAGUCGACCAGGCAGUUCGACAAAAGAGUCCAAAACGCCAGAACCAGCACCGGUAAAACCACCCCCAGAGAUGUCUGAUCAGGUGAAAGCUUUACUGGAAACGCUAGAGUUCAACCAGGUCGACAUGUAUAGGAAUGACUAUCCACUGAUAUCUUCAGAAAGUGUUACGAAAUACUCUGUGCCGUACCUUAAAGAGAUUUUAUGUUUUGCCAAUAUAUCGCGGAGUAUUAAUCGAUAUGUUUGCGCCGUUGACUGGUAUCCCACUCUGUCUGGCUUGCUCGUAACCUCUUACUCUUUUACGACCCUGAAUUCCAUUGAACCUGGUGAAUCCGAUGUGGAUGUGGUCAAACGCGCCGUAGUGGAGCCGAAUCCUGUCCUCAUGUGGAGCUUCGAUGAUUCCUUGCACCACAAAUUUGAAUUUGAAACCCCACGAGAGGUGACAUGCUUAUCGUUCUGCCCCUACGAUGAAAAUAUCCUUGUUGGUGGCACAAUGAAUGGGCAGGUCAUAAUUUGGGACAUGCAAAAUCGUGUUGCUAGAGGUGAAGUCGAAGAGGUCCUUACGGCAUCGCAGAUUCGCUACCGAAAUAUCAUGCAGCAAUAUUUAAACUGGACGAAAUCCAUGAACGAAGCAGUUGUGGUUCGUCCAGCUGCGGUUAGCGCCUUGUCAUUUUCCCACGCAGGUCCGGUAACCAGCAUCAAAUGGUUGGCACAAGGAAAUUAUAUCACAGCCACGGGUCAAGCCCGAGUGUCUGAAGGGAAGAAUCGGUUCUUUGUCUCCUGUUCGAUAGGGGGUACCAUAGCAUUCUGGAAUCUUGACGCUCCUGUAGACAAGAAGCGUCUAGCUGCCAGCGCUCACAGAAACGUGCCGAAGCAGUUAAUCCAAGAUGUUUCAGAGUACAAGAAAUAUGAUCGAAUUUUCAGGCCUCAGUAUAUCAUAGAGCAUAAGGAGCCCCUGACUUCGAUGCUCUUUAAUCGUGGUAAGUUUGAGUAUCUCGCAGAAGAGAUACAAGACCGAAGGAUAUCAGUGCGAGUCGCAAUCAAGGUGAAACCGGUGGAGAACAUAUCCUUCGAGCAGCAUAUGGUUGUCUCAACAAUGUUGGGCAAUUUACAUAAAUUCGUAUGGGAAGGGUUUGACUUCGUGCAAUCGACAGAGGUCAAUAAGGAGCUGGUUCAGGCAUCUGAAGAGUUUGUACCAAUCCAUGAUGGCCCAGUGUUUGAGAUACGAAGAAAUCCUUUCUGUGAUAGCGUGUUUGCAUCGUGUGGAAAAUGUGUUUUGGCAAUUUGGAAGGAAGGAUGCUGGUGGGCCCCGAUUUUCUGGAGAAAACGACCGGCAUCGAUCACCCGAUUGGAGUGGAGUUUGGAUCGUCCUUCGAUUUUGUAUUUAUGCCGAAGUGAUGGUACUUUCGAAGCAUGGGAUUUGCUAGCUCGCACUGAUGAAGCUUGCUUGGUUGACAUGCUUGGUGGGGGAAUAAUCACAUCAUUGACGGAGCAUUGUCCUAUAAUGGCCCAGAAAAUAAUUGGAGUUGGGGAUUACAACAGUAGCUUCCGAAUAUUGGUUUUACCGCCAGCUUUCAAGAGCAAGUUACCCAUGGAAGCCGAGCGCUUGGUUGAACUUAUAAAUCGGGAAGAAACUAGAAAAGAGAAGAUCCGGCAAUGGGAGAACGCCUGGCUGGAAAAGAAUGCGGACAUAUUGAACGCUAAAAAGCGGCUCGAAGAGGAGGCACAAGAAGAAUUAGAACGACUGGCGAAGGAGGCUCAACUGCUAGAGGAGGCGCGUUUGAAACGAGAAGCAGAAGAAGCUAGAAAGUCCCAGCUGAAAGAGAAGAAAAAGCUUGUGUUUGACCUUCCUGAGCGCCUGGAGAAGAAAUGGGAUGAUAUGAACCUUCGUCGUCUGGUCAACGUUCUAAUGACUCGAAGACUUGUCGAUCACGAGAAACUAUCUCAGCAAACAGCAAUGGAGAAGGAGCGUCUGUUAUAUGAACGUUCCAAGAAAGCAGCCAUAAAGAAAAGUUUCAGGACCAUUGGCGAAAAUGUGGCCUCCAUACGUGCUCGACUCCUCCCGGUAAUUGUUGAAAAUAAGGAACGAUUUGAAAUGGUUUCGGAAUCAGCCGAAGAUGUUUUGGACAGUGCUGAUAACUACGAGGAAGCUGUGAAGAGAUGUGAUAGAUACAUAAGUACUUUCGCGAUAUCCAGUGACAUAGCGUUCAGCGAGUUUCUGGACCGUGGAAGACAGCGGAGAGCUGUUUUGAACAAAUCUUUGGGCGCUACAACUGCGAGGAAGCAUUUUUACAAUACUUUGAAGGAAAAUCAGUUAUUGGAGAAUUUUAAUUUUGGAUUCGGUGCUUUCAUGGGAACACAAGAUGAUGGGGUGAGGGGAUUAGGGAGUGGCACUGAUUAUUCUGAAAUAUACCAACCUCAGGAGACAACUACAGACGCAGAUGAAUCUUCGCCGAUGGAAGGAGAUGUAGAGGAUGGUGACGAAGAGGAGUAAAAUUUGUUUCGAGUUAAGUCGUAUUUUAUUAAUUUAAUUGUACCUCAUAUUCAACUUUCGUCUCUUCAGAUUUUAUUUAACUUUAUGUGAAUGUCAAUUAUCCAGGAAUCAGUUCCGAAAUGAUUAAAAUUUUUUAAAUUG